AUGUCUCGUGGAGGCACUACUCUCUACGUGACCGGCUUCGGCCACGGCACCCGUGCACGCGACCUGGCUUACGAAUUCGAACGCUAUGGCCGACUUGUCCGUUGCGAUAUUCCAGCCCCUCGCUCGGCUUCUUCCCGCCUCUUUGCGUUCGUCGAAUACGAGAGUCGUCGGGAUGCGGACGAUGCGUACCAUGAGAUGCACAACAAGCGCAUCGGACGCGACGAUCUGCUGAAGAUUGAGUGGGCCCGAACUCCCCCGUCUGCUUCUUGGCGAUUCGAGUCUGGCGCCAGUCGCGACGGAGCCGGUCGCGAUGCCCGUCCGCCCCGUCGAGGAGACCGUUCUCCGCGUCGCCGAAGCCAGUCCCCACCGCGCCGUGGACGUGGCGACUACUCUCCUCGCAAGGAUGACCGACGCGAGCGCGACUACGACCGACGCGACCGUGACCGUUCUCGCAGCCCGGAUGAUCGCGACCGUGAGAUGAAGGAUGUUCGUCCCGAAGACGAUCGGGAGAACGGCACCAAUGGAGACGACCGUAAAGUCGAUUCUCCUCCUCCUGCCGUCCAUGACGACCUUGACACAGCAGAGUAG